CUUUAUUAAUGCAUCACUUUAGUGCAUCAGCUACGUAUGUCAGGAUUUCAUAAUAUCAAUCCGCCAGGUCGUGACCCCCCCACUACCACCAUCUUUAAAAAAAAAUCUUUCACCACAUAAUUUUAGGUAAACGUUUUCAUUAUUAUUUUAGACUGUUAGUCGUACGUGUUCCGGACAAAACUUGUGCAUAAAAUCAAUCCGCGUAGGAAAAUCUAUCCUUUUAAUGUGUCUGUUGUCAUGGUAACCACUAAGCGUCAAAAUAUGGCGUCUCUGCUGAGUGAGACGCUGUUUGAAACCGCUGGACAAGGCCCUCCUCCCUCUAAAGACUUCUACCAGUUUAUUAUCACACAAAACGAGGUGAUAUGGAGGUGGUGGAAGAUUUCCGUUCGGUCUGAGUUCAGAGGAGCCCCACCUGGAGAGAUCAAACACCUCCACUGUGACUUUCUGAAUGAUGCACAGCUGCAGGAGCAGCUAGCUGCAGUGUUUGGCACCAGGAUCCUGGACUACAGUUUGGCUCUGUGUCGAGGGCAUGUUGACUAUCUGGAACGUUUACCUGACAAGCUGCUCCUUAAAAUCCUUUCCUACAUGCCCUUGCAGGACACUGGCCGCCUCAGCCAAACCUCAAGCAGGUUUAGGAAGCUGUGUAACUCGGAGGAGAUCUGGAGGCAGGCUGUGAGGGAUCACUGUGAUAUGAUAACUGAAGACAUGGAGAUGCUUGCCAAUGUCAUGGGAUGGAAGAACAUCUUCUUUAAGUUUUACUAUAAUAAAGAACAUGACGGCACGGCCUGUCCUGCAGAGGAAGAAGAUAAAGCCAAUACUGAAUCGCCAUGAGCUAAUAAAACAACUCUUAGUCAACAAAAAAG